UGUGCCUCAAGCUGCAGCAGAAUUCGUUCAAGCCAAAACUCCAAGUUCACGUGUUGAUUUUGAAGCGUAAACCGGAAGUCUCGUGCGGCGCACUCUUUCCACCAACUCUGAGCGCAGCUGACUCUCCUCCGCACCAAAAACAAACAGACCCUCACGCGCAGCUCUGAACGCGCGCGCGAGGACUCCCAAGUUUUCUCUCCUCCAGAACCAAACGUAGCAUGAGUCGCAGGCAGGAGGACCAUGAGGAUAUAACUUGACGCACUGUGGACUUUUAUUUUAUUUUUUUAAACUAUGCCUUUUUGUAAGCGGACGAUACUUCCCAAAGAUGUGUGCAAGCCGGACGGCAGGAGGAGGCUGGCGCUGCUCGGGGAGCUGGCCGACGUGUGCGGCUCCUCGCUGGGCUCCGUGCUGCGGCAGCUCUCGGAUCUGUCCCGGCACUCGGUGAGCAUCCUGGAGGAGCUGGAGGGGGAGCUGGUGUCCGUGUGCCUGCGCUCCGGAGCGCUGGAGGCCAGAGUGGUCCGGCUCCAGAGGCACGUCGCGGCGUUGAUCAGCAAACCUCCACCGAGAGCCACCAGCGGUCUUGAAGCAGAGAGCGGAAGGCGCGGCGGUGGCAGCGGCAGCGGCCACGGCGACGGUAACCACAGCGGCGGCGGAGGCAGCAGCAGCAGCAUCGGCGGCGGCAGCAGCGCGGCCCACUUCAGGUCUCCAUGGCAACAGAGCGUGAACGUGUUCGGCUCGUGGAGCAGGCCGGAGUGUGUCGAGGAGCUGCACCAGCAGGCGCAGCUCAACCUCCAGAGUCUGCUGCAAGAAUUUGAGGAGCAGCUGUACGACCCCAAGCUGACCGGUCAGACGUUCCGCCAUCCGUCCUCCCAGAGCUCCGACGACACGUCGACAUCACUCAGCCGCUCGCCCGUCUCACUCAACAACAAGAGACCUGACUUCAUCUUCCUGCCUGCGUCCAAGCAACUSUACGAAGAUGAAACCACCUCCUCUGUGUUCGGUCUGAGGUCUGCGUUCAACCCAUCUCCAUCCCCGUCCCCAUGCGGCUCAGAUCGCCCCCUUCUGGGCUGGAGCAGCAACAACAGUAGCAGCAGCACAGCCACUUCGGCCACGACGGGACCGCCUGUCGCCGAAAAACCCCGCUGGCACCUGGGAAGACGCACACCAGCUCACUUCAUACCACACGACAUCCCAGAUAACAAUUUGGGGCAGCGUUCCUCAGACCAGCUUCGCCAAGGAGCUAUGGACCACUCUGGGUUGCUGUGCUCGAACACACCCACCACCUCCUGGAACGGACCCAAAGGUUCAACCUUUUCUCCUGGAGCAUGGAAUGAGCCUUACAAUUACAGCAUGAGUAAAGGCCCAGCAGUUCCUCCCAAGCAGCACAGCAUCAUYGGCAACGCAGGCGGCAGGCAGGACGGGGUCAUGCUGGUGAGCUCACACUCCAGCCAGUCRAUGAGCUCACACUCCAGCUCCUUCACAUCGGUGACAGACCCCUUUGAGAGAACGGGAAACAGCAUUUCGGCUAUAAUGAUGGGGAUGCGGAGYGAAACGGAAGGGGCGGCGGCGGACGCAGGGAGAGGUGGUGGUCGAGAUCCCGGACGAGGGAGGGAGAGGUCGGCACGGUCCAUAGCAGCACAGAACGCCUUCAAGUUCAGGGAGCGUUCUCUUUCCACACCCACUGACUCUGGCUCCUUUUGCUUUACAGAGGGUGGCAUAGACCAAGACAUGACUAUCAUGUCGACUGGAAAUGGGAACGCUUUGGCAAUAAAUCAUCAGGAGCAUCACAACUUCCAGGGUUAUGGGGAAAACUAUGCCCUCCUCUACCCUAGAGGGAGUUCAGAAGACAGUGCAAGUACUGUGGACAACAUCUCUGUCUCUGCAUCAGACUACAGCACAGAGGGACGCUUGCGUCUUCGCUCGCGUUCCAUCUCACUUAAGAAAUCAAAACGCAAACCACCGCCUCCGGUCAGGAGCGUGUCUCUCAUGAAAAACAUUGGGGAAGCUGAAGGAAGAAUCCGUCGAGAGGGUGGUCUUUACCGAGAUGGCCGACCAAAAAGCCUGCACAUACCCAGGGACCACUUCCCGGACUUCCAGCCAGAUUUCCUUSUGUCUAGCCCAUCUUGUUCCUCUAAAGCUAGUGUUGGUGAAAGGGAAGCUGGCCCAGGGGGAAAUGAUGGACCUCCAAGUUUGGAGGUCCAGGGUCCAGAGGGGGAAAGAGAAACAGACAUGACCUUUCCUUCUCACUGGCAGUUGGGAGAGUGGAAAAGCAAUGACCCCUACAGGUCUUUGUCAGGCUCCAGCACAGCAACAGGUACCACAGUGAUUGAAUGUAUGAAAGUCAGAAGCAGCUCGGAGUCCCUGCUUGACUCUCCCUCCACUUCCAGAGCUACUUCCCCUUCACAGCUCUCUAUGGAGACGGAUGUCAAAGCUUCCUCACCUUUAAAGCCUCCAGGACUCAUAUCRCCAUCAAGUGGAUACUCAAGUCAGUCAGAGACUCCCACCCCAACUGUUCCAAUGAUUCAGGGGACACUGGGGGCARCAGGGUGUAGGAUGCGCCCAAAGAUACCAGAGAGGAAGUCAUCACUACCAUCUCCAAAGGACCCAACUGCCAGGUCUAGAUUGUCCUUUGAAAUGCCAGGGAAUGCACAYAUGGAGCUGUCGUUAAUCAAGCCAAAGCAAAAGGCGAGCAGGCGGCACUCUGACACCUCCACAGCUCCAAAACCAGGGAAAAUCAGUCCCAGUUCUUCUCAGGUCUUGCCUGUGGUUACCCAGAAUGAGCUGAAGACUAUAAGACUUCGCUCUGUUUCUCGCGGUGACCUGGAGGACUGUCCAGAYGGGGCUUCUGACACGAUUGAAGAAGAACACGGCAGAGACAUUGGCGAAGACCCCAGCCCACCACCCACUCUACUGAAACCCAAGCCUCCCGUCGCUGUCAAGCCUCCGUUGCCCAAACGGCCCAUGAACCUCAUCCUCAAGUCUCCGUCCCCAUCUUCUACCUCUCCCCUUGCCCUCGACUCACCUCCCGCCUCACCCGUGGAACGGCCGGUGCCUCUAGGGAACAUCUACAAAGUCAUGAAGAAGCCCAAACCUAAAAAACCACCACCGCAAACUCCAACCAGUCCUGUUGUUCUUCCAGAUUCGAAUUCCACCAGCGUGCCACAGACUGCCUAUGAUCACCAUUUUCUCCCUCAUUCCCAGUCUCUUUUUGAUCUCCCUCCUCUCCCAGACCCCCAGCCUCUUCUGGAAGACCCGCUGCUGGAGCCUGAAUUUGGCGGUGAAUCAGACUUGCAUCUUGACUCAGAAGCUGGCGGCUCCCUCCCUUCACCCUGCAGUAGCCAGGAAGCUCCUGAGCUUCAAGACAAGAGCAAGACACUCCCCUCUCGGAUGACCAUGCCCUGCUUGGCGGAGCUGUCUGACAAAAAGAAACCCAAGGUUCCUCCUCCAGUUCCCAAGAAGCCAAACGUAUUGCUUCUUCCCACAUCAAUCCAGUCCUCCACUAAUGGCAGCACCGAACAGCAGAUCUCACAGAAUGACAGCCCCGUGGGCCUGCGAUCCCCAGUAGGAGUGUUUCCUCCAGAUGAAAACAUUGCAGCUCCUGGUGUUCCUGAGCUGCCAGAACAAGAUGAGAAUCACCUGGGAACAGAUGAGGACAGUUCUAAAGAGUCAUCCCUGCAGUCUUCGCUCCAGSAUUCUUCCCUUACAGAACUGGAAGGAAAGCUAGUCAGCACCGGUAUCGGAUCAGAUGAGUCGGCUGCAGAUGAGAAGUCUGUGCUUCACAUCGCAGAAGAAACAGAGGACAAUUUGUUGGCCAGUACGACAACGACACACACCACUGAAGACCUGUUCACUAUUAUACACAGAUCCAAGAGAAAGGUUCUGGGUCGUAAGGAGCCKUCUGAYUCCUUCGGCAGCCGCCAGAGCCUGGUGUCACCUGUGAAGCACAGCACCAGCGGGAGCGACAUCCGAAAUCUCACCCUGGGCAGCAGCCAGAGGUCAACGUCUCGCAACGAGAACUUCAUGGCUCUGCUUCAGAAGAAAGGCAACAAGUCUUCCGGCGGCGGGGCCAGGGUGUCCGCCAUGGAGCUUUUGAAAAGCACAAACCCGCUGGCCCGACGCGUCACCGAGUUCUCAACCACAAAUGCAGAGGGAGGGGAUGCCCCACCCUGUGAGAAACCCACUGAUCAGUGAAUGGGCAAACUUACGGACGUCCACCAGAUCUGUUCACUGUUUCCUGAAACAUCAACCAGUUCUACAAUCUGCCRCUCGUCCGUGUCCAGCAGGAUCGCCCCAACUUCUGACUGACCAUUUGCACCRUCCAAUCAAAUUGGAGCACAUUUUUUGGAGGAAAUGGUCCUUAUGAAGAUUGGAGCGCUAUUGUUGGCGGUCAAACAUGUGGCUCACGACACCAGGGGAAACAAAAGCCAGUUUCUCGGUAUAUAGGCAACAAAGGAUGGAGUAUUAAGGUCGCUUUUUGGUUACUAAGCUCAGUGUGGAAGUCAAAGGAGUAGAUGGCAAUGGGAAUUUAAUACAGUGGAUUUCUUCACUUUGGAUAAAGACAACUAAAGAUCCCCAUAACAACAGGGGUAAACACUUCUGAAUCUGUAACCGUUCUGAUCUUCUCAGACACCAGAGAGGAUCCGUAAUCCCAGAACUAAGGGGAAUACUCCUAAAGAAUACCUGAAACCUGCACAACCUUUCCACUCCAGGUUGGACACCUGUAGUCCCACGUAGACGGGAGGGUUUGAUGGCUAAUUUGCGAUCAAGGUACCGUGACUAAACCCUGAACAUGUUCAAGGCAAUAGCAUAGCAGCCCUGUCAUUUUCAACAGUAAAGUGCCAGAUUUAUAAAGAGAAACUGCAUGGAGGCUUUGUGCCACCAAAGAUGAGGCAUGAGCAUGUUUCACAUUUCRUUGCUCGUGCUGUUAACGUGAACGUGGACCUUCACAAAACAUUCCACAGAGGCGCCAAGCCAACGGACAAGUUUGGAACGCAAAGCACUUUUGUUUUUUUGUUGGCCUUGGAGGCUGUUUACAUGGCGUCUUUACRUUGUUGCAGCCUUUAUUUUUUUCAACCGCCUCAUCAAUCGUCAUCUUUUCAAUGUAUGUUUAGAUGUUUACCCUUUUGCUCCUAUUUUUAUACAUUCUAGAUGGCCAUUUACUGUACAUGUAUAAUGAAAUCAUACUGUAUGUAACAUGUACAGAGGUAAAUGUAAAACAUCUAUCGACAAAUUUUAAACGUGAAAAACUCAACGAGAAGCUCAGACUAUAAACUGCCCACACAAUGAAGUGGAAACACACUUCGGCACACAAACACACACACAGAAUAACAAGUUUUACCAUGAAGGAAGAACAGACCAGGCCAGUUUAUACAAGUGUGUGUGUUAAAAAUGUGUG